AUGGCCACACAGAGUGACUGGAAAGCCACACUUGGCUUCACGGACAGACUAAUUGCAAUACAAUCCAUCACAACUGCCUAUCGACGAGCUUCGCCAUCAGCUUCCUUCGCAGAAGCCCAGUCGCAAGCAAAGAGAUAUGAGAACGAAGCUUAUGAGAAGGCCACCUCAAAGGAGGAGUAUGACGAGUUAUGCCAAAAAGUGAUCGACGAAGCUGAAGCGACAGACUCGGUGGCUGCGGUGAUAAGCAGUCCUAAGUUACCUGAGAAACGGGAUGAGGAGGAAACAUCCGAGAAAGGUAUAGAUAUUGGCCAGUUUAAGAACUGCAUCCAUCAUGAAGAUGGGCUACAGUCGACGAUCUAUAAGUCGAAAACCGAGGAUGGACGUCUGGUUGCUUUGAAAGUGACUACACCCCAUCUGAUGACUGCACCUCACGAUUCAAAACGCGAGAUCAGGAUUUUGCGUGAGGCUGCCGGGGACCAUGUCAUCCCGCUGCUGGAGUCAUUUACUCUGGGAGGCAGGCUCAUUCUAGUGUUCCCAUUUAUGAGACAUGUAUUUCAGGACUUGCUACACGGUGAUAUUCUGACGGUCGCCCAGAUCAAAUCGCAUCUGCGUGAUCUGUUCCAUGCCUUGGCGCAUGUCCACUCGCAGGGAAUUAUCCAUAGAGAUGUGAAGCCGUCAAACAUCCUAUUAGCAUCACCAGCGGGGCCUGCCUAUCUGGCUGACUUCGGGAUUGCCUGGAAAGAAGGAGAUCCUGACUCUGAACCACCAGAUCAGAAGAUUAUAGAUGUGGGAACAACAUGUUACCGGCCGCCAGAGAUCUUAUUUGGCUCCAAGACAUAUGACACUUCUUUCGAUCUUUGGUCUGCUGGUUGUGUGGUUGCCGAAGCCAUCGAUGUGAAUCACAAACAGCUCUUCGAUUCUGGGCCUAUUGGAAGUGAGCUGUCGCUCAUUUCGUCUAUCUUCCAGACCCUGGGAACUCCUAAUGAAAAGACCUGGCCGGAGUGCAUAAGACUUCCCGACUGGGGGAAAAUGGAAUUCUAUGAGUAUCCCCCUAAAACGUGGGAGGAAAUCUUGAAAGGAGCUUCGUCCAAGGGCCGCGACCUAGUGAGCAAGCUGGUUUGCUACGAGACCGGGCAGAGAAUCUCAGCUACAGAGGCUCUUCAUCAUCCGUUUCUGACGACGUGA